UUUUGACUGUGCCCAAACAAGCCCAACGUUUACAACAGCAACAUUCGCCCUUCAGCCUUUGUGCGCGACUCCAACAACGCUUCCUCCCACAUCUCCCCGCUUCAAGCCCCAAAUCCAGCAAAAUGUCUUUCGAAGAAGUCGGCAAGCAGUUUGUCGAGUACUACUACAAGACUUUCGAUGAGAACCGCGCUGCUCUCGCCCCGCUUUACCGCGACCACUCCAUGCUUACGUUCGAGGCCUCUGGCAUCCUCGGCGCACCGGCUAUUGUUGAGAAGCUCCAGAACUUGCCCUUCCAGCAGGUCCAGCACCGCACCGACACUCUCGAUGCCCAGCCUUCCGGCCAGACCGGCGUUCUCGUCCUGGUGACCGGCGCACUCCUCGUCGAGGGGUCAGAGAGGCCCAUGAGCUUCACCCAGGCAUUCAACCUCCAGCAGGAGAACGGAAGCUACUACGUCCUCAACGAUGUCUUCCGCCUUGUAUACCCUGCCGCAUAGCCUCCAAGUCUUGCGGUCCGAGACGAUUGACGAUGACAUUUGGAUUUCUGGAGCAUUUUCGCGACGGCAGGAUGGGGGCAGUGGAGGAACAGUUGCUUUACACGGGCUGUGCAUCACAGCGCAUUGGAAAGCGUUGUCGUCAAGGCAGGGGACUACCGGCGAUAUGUAAAUCCGCUAGAUUGGCUGCAAUGCAUGUGCAUUUGAUCACAUCCGUCUUU